CGGGCGCUGGAGCGCAUCCUGCCCCGCGACUACGUGCCCCUCUGGACGCAGCUGGGGGAGGCGCGGAAGGCGCGCGAGGAGGCGGCGGCGGUCAGGAGGGAGGCGGAGCAGCGGCGGAAGCAGCAGGAGGAGGAGCGCCGGCGCAGGACGGGGCUGCGAACACCGCAGGUCGUGGUCAUGAGCGCCGCCAAGCAACGCCUAGUGCAAUCCCUGCUACGCGACCGGGACGAACUGUUCGCGACCCACGGGUCAUCGCUAACCAGCGUGACCCGCGGGUCGGCCGACGCCGACGCCGAGGCUUUAUCCGCAAUGGUGGACAAGCUCAGUGACAUGGGCUUCAGUCCGCAGCACGUACAGCUCGCGUACGAACGGAGAUCUCGGGGAUCUGCCGCAGGCGGCUGCGGAAGCGACGUAACGGUCGAAGCGUUGUUGGAUUGGCUACUGCUGAACCUACCUCCCGAUCAAC